AUGCCUCCAUCCAAAGUCCAAUCAGAAAAAGAAAAAUUUUUAAAGGAAUAUGGCGAUAGAUAUGGUUACAAUGGAAGGAUUGACCAGAUUAGGGAAGAGGAGUACCCGCAAUUGAAAAAUGGUUUCUACCUUGACCAUGCGGGAACAACAACAUACCCUCAAAGCACUCUCAAAAACUUUAAAACUGAUCUUACCGAAAAUCUUUAUGGCAACCCACACAGCAAAUCACCAAGUUCCAUGUUAGCAACAAAAAAGGUCGAGGCUGUUCGCAAUCAAAUUCUCGACUAUUUUGAUGCUACUCCUGGGGACUAUCAAGUAGUGUUCACUCAAAAUGCGACCGCUGCUAUAAAAUUGGUAGGAGAAAUCUUUCCAUGGCAGAGCGGAAAAAGCUGGUUUAGAUAUCUGAGAGAAAAUCAUACAAGCAUUAUUGGUUUGAGAGCACUUGCUAAGGAAAGUGGAGCUGACAUCAGCGUGCUUACCGAAGCAGAAGUCGAGACCUUUAUUGAGACUGGCAAUAAGCGUGGGUCUGAAGUGCAAGAUAAUGAUGAUGAAAUUAUCUAUAAUCUUUUUGCGUAUCCUGGUCAAUGUAACUUUUCAGGAAUGAAGUUCCCGAUAGACUGGUCACGACGUAUCAAAGAAAGUCAUACUACAGCAAAAUCAAAAGCAUUGGUUUUGUUAGACGCGGCAUCAUAUAUCACUUCAACACAGCUGUCUUUAAGAGAUACAAAAUCGUCACCUGACUUUGUAAAUUUAAGCUUUUACAAAUUGUUUGGAUAUCCAACUGGACUUGGUGCUUUACUGGUGAAGACUGAACUUACGCCAAUUUUGAAAAAGCGGUAUUUCGGAGGGGGGACAAUUUCGGGACUUCUUUAUGACGCAGAUUAUGCUCAAUUUUGGCCAUCUCUUUCAGAAACCUAUGAAGAUGGAACCAUAAACUUUUUAAAUAUUAUUGCACUUUCUCAUGCAUUUGAUGCAUUUCACAGACUUUACAAUUCGAUCAAUUACGUCAACAUGCACACGUCCACGCUUAUAUCCUAUCUUUAUUCGCAAUUAUCCGUAAUGAAGCAUUAUAACGGAGCGCCUGUUUGCGAAAUAUUUAGUUCUAGAAAUUUUUACGAUCCGAAAACGCAAGGACCAAUCUUGAACUUUAAUUUUAAGAAGCCUGAUGGGUCAUGGGUAGGAUAUGUAGAAGUAGAAAAGUUGGCAAGCGUUAACAAUAUACAUUUGAGAGUGGGAGGUUUUUGCAAUCCCGGUAGCGUCACCAAGUGGUUUAAUAUUACUCAGGACGAGAUGAUGAUGGCUUUCCAGUCAGGGAAAGUGUGUGGAGAUGAUCGAGAUAUUAUCAACAGGAAACCUACUGGAUCAAUCCGCAUCUCUCUUGGAGCAAUGACAACGAUUGAUGAUGUGCUAGCUUUUGUUAAUUUUGCAAGGGAACAUUAUAUUGAAGUAAAUCCACCACCUGGCAAACCCGUGCGUUUAUCAGGAUCAUCAGGGUCAUUUGUUCGUCAAUCGUGGAAAGGAUUUACCGCUAAUCCCCAAUUCCAAGUUGUUCAACAAAUGUCAAUGUAUGGUCAAGAUUGGGUGUUGAUUGACGCAUCGUCACAAAGUGCCUUGAAUCAUAGGCGCAAAAGUGCAUUCUUGUUAAUUCCUCAGAAAAACUUUGAAGGCAUAAAAGGCCAGAUUGAAGCUACAGACAAAGGUAAAGAGUUGGAGAAAUUUUCGAAACCUGGACCAAGCAAUAAUAAUUUUGCUCUCGAACAAUAUGCCAAAGGAGUAACUUUUAGUACUAGUAAAAAGACUCCCCUGCUGAAUAAAGUUUCCGUCGAGGAAACCAUACCCGAAUCUGAACCUACUACAUUAACUACAUCAUCCACAUCAAUUAUCGAUAGCCUGAUCAUGUUCUUUAGUUAUAUUUUCCUCUACAUACAGAAGUUUGCUUCUGCGGCGUCACCGAAAGUCUAUCAGGGUCUUAAGAGUAAUGGUUUCAUAGCGUCACCCGAGCAUCGUCGGAAACCCCCGCAAGAUAAAAAGUAUGGUAAAAAAGACCUCGCAAAAGAUGUGUGA